CGUUGGUUGUUCACAAACUUUUGAACCCAGGUUUACAAGACGAACAAGCAGUUGCAGCUAACCACUUUAAUUUUACCUUUACCUUCACAAUGAGUGAAACAGAUGAGUUAGCGAAAAAACUGGCUCAUAGAAAUGCAGUAAAUGAAGGAGAAGAAGAAGCUAAGUUUAGAAGUACCCCUAAAAAUGUUUACACUGAAUUUCCAGAAUUCACCAGGAAGCAAAUUAAAGAAUAUGAGGCCAUUUUCAAAAAGUAUGACACGGACAACAGCCAAUUUAUUGACCAGACUGAACUUCAGGUUAUGAUGGAAAAACUUGAAGCACCACAAACCUUUCUUGGAUUAAAAGCUAUGAUAAAAGAGGUUGAUGAGGACCAGGAUAACCAAAUUAGCUUUCGAGAGUUUCUUCUGAUUUUUCGAAAAGCUGCUCUUGGUGAAUUAGAGUUGGGUUCUGGCUUGAUGCAGUUGGCGAAACUAACUGAGAUUGAUGUGGAUGAGACAGGUGUUUCAGGUGCUAAAGAUUUCUUUGAGGCAAAAGUCAAACAAUUGAAUUCUUCAAGUAAAUUUGAAGAAGAAAUUCGACAAGAGCAAGAGGAAAGGAAAAAACAAAUGGAGGAAGCUAGAAUUAGAAAGAAAGCGUUCCAAGAUAAGGCGAAAUCGUUUGAGAAUUUAUAACUGCCACAAAAGACAUUUCAUCAUAAUUGUUUUGAAUUUGUAUAGCAAAAUAGAUAUAUUUUCAUGUUCAACCACUGUGGUUUUAUUUGAUUUAGUACAUUGCUGAAAAAGUCCUAUGUGAAUAGAUUUUAUUUAAACUCUUUAAAAAAAGAUAUGACACUAAUUUAAGAAGUUUUGUGUAGGAGACAAACAUCCUUCUAUUUUGCGCAAAUGAUGCUUACUUCUUGUGGAAAUUUGCAUGUUUUCCUUUUUUUAAUGAAAAUCGGUACUUUAUGCAUGUAAUUUUUUAAAAAUAUAUAUAUUUUUUCCAUCAAAAUUUGUAAUUGAAUUUCUUCUGCUUUUUUUUAAAAUUUGAAUUGGUAAAAAAAUAAAAAGAUUUGUUAUAUGUAGUUGAAUGAUAUUUGUAUCACUCUCUCUCCCUCUCUCUCUCUCUCUUCCUCUCUCUCUUUCCCCCUCUCUCUUCCCUCCCCCCCUCUCUCUUUCCCUCCCUCUCUCUCUCUCCCCCUCUCUCUUCCUCUCUCUCUCUCCCCCUCUCUCUUCCCUCCCCCCUCUCUCUUUCCCUCCCUCUCUCUCUCUUCAACAUGGGUUGUAAGAGAAUUUAUAAAUAUAUGUCUUGCUUGAUUUUUGAACCCUUUUUUAGGUUGGUCCACAUAAAUGACAAACUCUGACCCCAGGAUUCCUUCAUUUUUGCAUUGUGUGAAUGCAACACAGUAAAAUUGAAUUCCGUAUAUAAGCUUAACUUUUCAGAGUAAUGUCUGCUCUUUGUAUGAAGUUUAAUUUUAUUUAUUGCUGUAACUUUUCCCAGUCUCAUAUUUUUAUGUUUUAAUUGUUAAAUAAAAUUGUAGAUUAUA